AUGCGUGGUCGAACUGCGCUGGGAAAAGCUACCAGAGGCUUCCAGCAGCUCCAGAGACCUUGCAAUGGGGGACACGGCCGCCGAGGGAUUCAGAUCGGCGCGACACCAACAACAGAGUCGCCAAUACUGACUGGAGAUGUUCUCAGUAACGCAAUUGAUGCCUCUACAGAUUCGGCAGAUGCUCGGUUCGAAGUAUUAGGGGCGCCAUAUUCUCUUUUAUCUGUUUCUUUAUCAGCUUCCCAGAAGCUCUACACUAGGAGAGGUACCUUAGUUGGAGUCAGUGGGAAGGCAGAAAACGCCCAAUCGACAUUGUCCAUUCUGGAACCCUUCCGGCGAGGCGCCCUCGGCAUUCCUUUCCUAUAUCAAAGAGUCUCUUCUACGAGUCCACUCACGGUCUUAAUUUCGACCAAAUCACCCCUCACUUCGUUCACUGUGUUACAUCUUAACGGGACCAUAGACUGGAUAGUGGCGCAAAGGAAGGCAUUGCUAGCUUGGACAGGACAUACGCUUUCAGUCACGCCUACAGUCAACAGGGGAAUGAGCCUGGCUCAUUGGGGCAAAUCAGAAAUCACAGGGCGGGGUCUCGUAGCCCUAGCUGGGCUUGGACAGAUCUACCAAAUCAAAUUAGAAGCAGGGGAAGAGUAUGUGGCUCAUCCAGGAAAUGUCGUUGCAUACACGAUCACACCCCACCCACCACUACCAUACCGACUUAAAUCAUCAAGUCUUCGAUUCCAAGUUCCAAGUCUAGGACUCGGAUACUUGGUACCAGAUAUCAAAUUCUUCCGUGUGAUGAGAGAGACAAACACUUGGAGAGGAUUGACGAAUCUUCUCUUCAACCUGCGGACUUCGGCGAGGAGAACAAUAUGGGGCGAUCGGUUGUUCUUAAAAUUUCAAGGUCCAACGACAAUCUUGCUAUCUUCGAGAGCAACACGGAUCAGUGAAGUGUUGACUGCUAGGGACAUCGAUGAAAUUGCUGAUAGUCCAGCCGGAGCAGCACAGUCAGCUGUCACGUUGGCCAGACAGCCAAAAAGGAGCGAAGAAUUAACAAAGCAGUUCACCGAUGUACCUACGGGCUUUCAUUAUGCGGAGGUCAGUCGUGAUGGGAACGUUAAGUUUGAGGAUAUUCGGGAGGUUCUACCAAAAGGAAAGUAG